GGUGGGGGCUUCCAGUGAGCAUCGGGUGACGCUGACCAACGUGACUGCCGCCACCGCUGGCAACUACUCCUGUGAAGCGAUGAGUGAUGCCCCGGAAUUCUUUGUCAGUGCUCUCUCUGUCAACAUUCCAGUGCUUGCUUUAAUAUUAAGCUUGUACAGUUGCUGAUGAAGAGUUUGUUAACCACAGAGGUCCCAGCAGCUGGCCCUAACUGGAGAGGGCUGCUCAGUAUGUACCACCUAGACCAGCAGCUUGUGGCUCACUGCCAUGUCCACUUCUCCCGACCACCAGCACUCUUCACCUUCUUUGUGAAUGGUCACCUUGUCACGGAUAGUGGUUGGCACCUUUGGAACCCUCCAGUACAGCACCCACAAGAGCCUGUGUGGAACUCUUCCUCAACACUGUCUAUUCCCCUCAAUUUGCAGAACAUUCAGAAGUUAUUUCCUAAGGAACACCCAAAAUAUACGUUCAUUGAAUCAGAUUCAGAAGCUGGUACAGAUGUGACUCAAUAUGAGCCUGAAGCAACUUGGCUUUCUGAUCCCCAAAGGUAUUACACCUUCCCCUCAGGUUUACUGUUAUCAGGCAGCCAAACAAAACAUUCUUUCACUUCACAAUCCAACUCUAUCCACACACAAAUCUCCUCACCCCCGACUAACACACUGAGGCUCAACCUGACAUGUGUGGCAGACGUGGGGCAGCUCUCCUACAAGACCAGUGCCUGGUCCUCCGUCAGCCUGCCAGUGGUGGUGCACCCCAAUGGCUUGACUGGAUCAUCAGGAAGUGCAGGACUACAGCACAUCCUUCAACUCAUCAUGUAUAUCCUGCCAACCCUCUACUUCUUGGAAAGUAAUGGCUAUUUAACUUGAGGAGCAACACAAGUGGAUGAGCCUCAAACCAACACAACAGUACAGAUGACAUAGGUGAUGGUAAAUAAUUGAAGACAUCUGCAUAAUAUAAGCAGUGUAUGCAAGAUGCAAAAACUGGAGUUAAAUGGAAAGAAAAGUAAGCUAAUGAUCUUCCAGAGAGCAAAAGAGAUGGUUGACUGAUGUGAUAAGCCAUACAGAGUAAACUAAAUUGUCAGAAAUCAAGUUUAAGUGACUAAUAGAACACUGAAAGAGUAAAGAUGCUGGCUCUAUAUUGAACAGUAUACAAGAAGAGAUGUGUGAAAGUUUUGCAUGGUGGGAAAAUGGUGAUUCAAGUAUUGCAAAGUAUGAGAAAAAGGAAAAGGAGCACCAGAAAAGCCUGAAGGGAGAGAGGCACACAUGAACUUCUUGGUACACUGCAGAGGAGUCUCUAACGAUAAUAGGGACAUGGCAGAUGUGUAUGUGAUGUAAAAUGUGCUCCCCACUCCAUGACCACCCAUCCACUCCACACAGACAGCAGUAACAGUUGUAAAAAGAUGACUACCCAUUUAUCAAACAAGCAACUCUCUACAGACAGCAGCAACAGGUGACAAUCCCCAAGGCAGGACAUUACAUGCAUUCACUUCUAUCUCUGCCACAUAAGGAGUUAGUUGCUAUGCUCAAUACCGCUACCACUGCACCCCAUUCCAGGUGAAGUUAUAUCCUAAUCCAGAUCUACACCAGUCUGCCUCUUGUAUUGUGUGUGACCAUAUGAAGUUUGUAAAUAAAGGAGUGUGAAGACAUGAAA